AUGGAUAUUGUGAAGGAGGAAAUAGUGGACAAAUUGCUGUGUGUGUCAUGUUUAUGUGUCGGCCGGACCUUGCACAAGAUCACGGACCAGAAAAUCCAGCAGUUUUAUUUAGACACUCUUAAUGAAAUUCCAUUAUGCAACAUUCUCCAAUCUUGCCCGAGCAUCUGCUGGGAGUGCUCAGCAUUGCUGAACAAAGCUGUAUCCUUCAGAGAACAGGUCAAAGACUCUUACAGGAUACUACAGACGUACACUAGUGAGAAUCUACACGAAUGCCUCCUAACGGAUAUCACACGUCCGCCUCGUCUUAAAUUGCACCGUAAUGAACCAAUUGAGAUAAUACCUGAAUAUGAACAACCACAAAAAUAUGAAAUUCAUAUAGAUAAUGAAGUUCAGAAGGUUGAAGGGCGACAAAUUAAACGCAAAAGUUUUGAAGUUAAUAUUGAAGAUGCGAAACCUGAAGUACAGUCAGUGUUUGUGAAGGAGGAGUUGAAAGAUGAAUGGGAUGCUGAUAAUUCCGCUGUAAACGCGGCACACUCCGACGACGAUCAAACAGAGAUGUCUACAAGAGAGAUAGAGACAGAAAUACAAUCAUUAAUAAACAAAAAGGAGAAGAAAAAACGAAAGAAACCAAUUGAGAAUAAAAUGAAAAGAACUAAGAAAAUUGUUAAGAGUUUGAAGACUGAAAAUAAGGUACAGAAGCAGAUACAGAAACGGACAAAUACUAAUGAUAAAAAAAUUAUAAUAUUGGAGCUAUCGUACGAAGAGAUGCUGUCAGAGAGAGCAAAGGAAGCUGCUAAGGAGAGCUAUAUCAGAGCCGAGUACAAGUGUGAAACGUGCAUUAUGGGAUUUAACUAUAGCAGAUCUUACAAAGCGCAUAUUAUAGCGAAACAUUCCGCGAAUUCUGGUGAAUACAUCUGUCCAAUAUGCAAGACGAUUAUCGCAACCUACGAGUCUUUCACGUCGCAUUACAAAAGGCAUACGAGAAGGUACGAAUGCAGUAUCUGCCAUAAACGCACAAUGGACUUCAGGGUGAUGCAGCAGCAUUAUUACAGCACACAUGAGAUUACGCUUAAACAGUAUACUUGCAAUAUUUGCGGGUACAACUCCAAUUCAAUAGACAGCCACCGCUACCACAAGGACACGCACAAAGCAAGAGUACAGUGUCCAGAGUGUGAUAAGACCUUUAGCCAUCGAGCUGGACUCAUGAAUCAUCGAUUAGCGGUACACGAGUACAAUAAUGACUUCCCCUGCACGAUAUGUGACAAAGUAUUCAAAUGGAGGACCAGUUUAAAAAGGCAUCUCGAAAAGCAUGAAGCCAAGGACAAGCAACCAACACCAGCAGCGCACUGUUCUUCGUGCAGCAUCAGUUUCUCAUCAGUGUCUUCGUACCAGAGGCAUUUAAAAAACAGUCUGAAACACGUCACUCCAGCUGAUCUCAAGUAUACCUGCGACCACUGCAAACGCCGGUUCGCAGACAAAACGAAGCUGCGGGAUCAUAUUGAAGAGAAGCAUUUGCACAAAUCUUUUCACUGCCAUAUUUGUUUGAAGCCAUCCAAAAACAGAGUCGGUCUGGAUCAGCACAUAAGAAAUGUACACAGGGGUAGACCAAACAAUAAGAUGUGCCAUCAUUGCGGAAAAGGCUUUCCGGUAAGUCGUUUGCGACAAUUUAAACACUCAUUAUAA